CAGCGAUCUAUCACAGACAGUUAUUCUGCAGAUCGAGAAGAGAUAACACGUAUCGUUUACGACAGGAACCUUUUAAAUUUGAUCUUGUGAAAGAUAUAUUUUGAAGAAAUACAUAAAAUGUCUGAAAUUGAGGUUUUCAACGACUCUAUUCAGUUUGUGUGCGACCUGUGCUCGCUGAGGUAUUCCACAUUCGAAAUAUUGAUGACUCACAACCGGAUCAAGCAUUAUCAUUCGAUACGGUUUCGAUGCGGUCUUUGCAACGAGGCUUUCAUGAACGAAGAUGACCUGCACUGCCACUUCAUCCUGACUCAUCGAAUGGAUCCGUACAACUUGGAAAGCAAUCAGAUCGUUCAUUACAAGAAGUCAUUCAACGAAACGAUCCUAUCGGACGAUGAACGCAGAAGAAUUGUGUCGCUGUGCGACAGCCAGGAAGAGUACGAUGAUGACGACUCCGAUGACGAGGGUAUGACGUUUGGUCAUGGGUGUGGCGACGAUUCGGACUCGAACGAUGAGGAGCUGGAGCUCAACUACAACGAAUUGUUCAAGAAGCGGAAGCAGAGUGCGAUGACGCAGGAAGAGAUCAUGGAGCUAGCGGAUGUAUUCAAAAAACCUGCCGAGGCCAUGUGUAUUUCCAAAUUGCAUUUCUGACACUAGUGUGGGACGACGGCCGUCGAAAAACUGUAGGUGUUAAUAGUUUCGAACCGAUUCGACAUGCAGACUUUGAGCCAUGUGAGUCUGAAUGUGUGCUCUAUUUCUGCGUUGUGUUAUUCGUGUUAUCAUAUGAUAGCGAUAUGAUUCGUAUAUUGUUAAGGCUGACGUCAAUCAUCCGAGUUUAAGUGUUAAUUUAAUGAAUAAAUAUUGAAAGAAGAUUUUUCAUAUUGAAAAAAAAGUGAUAUUCAACGUUACUAUGCCAUCGAGAAAAUAUCGUUUCAAGUUGUGCUCUUGAGUUCAUUAGCCAGUUUGUGUAAAUACUUACGCAAAUAUACACAUUACUUAGUAAGAUUUUGCCUAGCACGCGCAUUGCAUUGAAGCCACAGGCAAAGUACAUUUGAUCACAGAAAACAGACGUUUCACUCAAUUUGAAUCGAUAUGUGUAAAUUUUGUACUGGCUAGAGAUAAAUUAUCACCACAGGCAAUAAAACGUAACAGCUAGAACAAAAAUAAAAACACCGAAACCAGU